CACAAUUUCCAGUUUCCACCCAAACGACUUAUUGAAGCUUUGGUAAUAGUUGAAUAUUUUAUGUUUUAAAGCUAUAGUUUUUAAUCAUACUUGUAGAAGUUGAGUUAAAAUACGGAUUAAGUGAUAAUAGUGAUCAUAUUAUGUGAAUUAUUGUUUGUAGCCUUAGCUAACUCAAAAAUGAUGUUAAUAACAGAAGCUAUCGAGAAGCUCUUUAAUGAGGUCCAUUCCGAAAUAUCAAAAAAUGUUCGUGCUAUGAUGGAAGAACUAUGGUUGAUAUGGUCACAUAUGGGUGUAGAUGAAUCAUCUAAAUAUACCAAUAUUUCUAAGUUAGUGCAAAUACAUAAAGAUUUUCAUCUUGAGGUAAUCUCUGAGACCAGGGAAAAGAUGAAAGCUCUUGAAGCACAAGUAGAGAAACUGAAAAAAGAAACCGAAGAGCUGAGUAGAUGUCUGUCUGUUGAGAUUACAAUUCUGGAUUUUAAGGAGGAUAUGGCUCUUGUGGACUAUAAGAGGGAGUUGGAAGCUCAAAUAGCAGGCUAUAGGGAACAAGUUGAACAGCGUAGAGUUAAAAGAGAUAGACUAUUAGAGUGGCAAAGAGACCUAGCUGACAAGCUUGGUGUGACAAUACAUGAGCUUAAAGAAGUACCACUACCAUCUGAGGAAGAAUUGGACCGACUGAAGGACCACCUUGAGAUGCUGCAAGCUGAAAGAGAUAAACGAGUUGAAAUAUUUUUAAACAACCAGACUGAAAUCAAGGACAUAAUGGAUAGACUUUACAUCAAGCCACAAAAUAAGUUUGAGCAGCUUGUUGUGUCAUCAUUAUCUGUGGACUUCAAGGUGACCGAUAUUAACAUGGAUCGACUAGCGCAGCUUCGUCAGGAUUUACAGGAAAAAUAUGAGCAGACUAAUAACAGGGUGUUAGAACUACGUGAACGCUUAGUCAAGCUGUGGGACUGUUUGGAAGAAGAUCAAAUUUAUCGUGAUAAUUUUCUGCAAGCACAUCCCGGUUGCAAUCCUCCAACUGAAAAUGCCAUCAAAGAGGAGCUUAAAAGAUGUGAUCAAAUUAAACGUCAGAAAAUUGGGGUGUUCGUAGCAAAUGUACGCACAAAGAUAAAGCUUAUGUGGGAUAACAUUAUGUACUCUACAAAGGAGCGAGAGGAGUUUGUUCACUAUUAUCAAGACAUAUUUACUGAAGAUACUCUAACGCUACAUGAACUCUAUCUUGAUAAAAUCACAAAGUUUUACAAUGAGAACAAGCAUAUUUUCGAUCUUGUGAUGACCCGUAAGAAUCUUUGGUUGAAAAUGGUUGAAUUGGAGUCAAGGGCUAGUGAGCCAGGUCGGUACCACAACAGAGGAGGGCAGCUGCUAAAAGAAGAGAAAGAGAGGAAAGUUAUUGCUAAUAAGUUACCGAAGAUUGAAGCUGAAAUCCGUGAUCUAGUGAUGCACUACGAACAGACGUCUGAAAAUGUAUUCACAGUUGAUGGCAAACCACUGCUGCAAAUGAUGCAAGAUGACUGGGAAUCAAGGAAAGCUGAACGUCAGAAUAAGUUGUCGGCUCGCAAGCAGGCUCUUACUCCGAGCACUCCGUCCUUCCGUUCGCUCGCUACCUCUCCGCUGGGCAAGCGGAAUCGCACUGCUGCCGGCUUAGGGAACACUGUCGAUAAAAACAGGCCCCCAGUGAAGAGACAACUGGUGACGGGGAGUGCUAAUAGGGCUCUUGCUUCAAUUUCAUCGAACCUGUCGGCUCUGAAGAGAUCCGCAAUUACAACUGUGAAAAGGCGAUUAAGCGGUAGGUUGGCGGCAAGAGUGGUAGCAGAGGGCAAAGCAGAAAACGCGAAGAGGAAGCUGAACUAUGGGGAGGAAGGCAAGAAAACACCCAAAAUUACCGUUCAGGCCAGCAUACUGAAGCAUAAGCGAAAGUCCGCGAGUCGCCGGCGCAGCGGCCGUCGGUCGUGCUCAAUGAACGGCACACGGAGUACUGCUAGCGUGGAGCGCCAACCCGACCCGCUCAUGGAGAACACGCUGCUGACAACCUACACUGACUUCGAGGUUGGCAUUAACGAAAGGCAAGUGAGCCGCAGCUCCAUGGCAUGCCACAUGAAGGAGCUGCCUGUUAUCAAGUGUGAUAAUUAUGACGCGGACAAACCACAAAACACGCCCCGUAAGCCCCCUCGCACGCCUGCCCCUCUGACACCCAAACGCGGCAAAGAAAACAUUCAACACAAUCUACAAGCGACGCCAAAAAACGGAUUCAAUACCCCCUCUCGCCUCACUAGGUCCGCUCUUAAGUUGAAUAAUGACGGUUUUGCCACUCCCCGUGCGCCCCUGAGCGCUACUAAACUCUAUGUGCAGAAACAAAACACAGGCACGGACCUACUGAAGACAACACCGAACAGAAUUAGCCGAUCGAACUCCCACAAUCAGAUCCUGCGAGUCAAAAAUCUCCCACCGCUUAUUUGAAUCGUUACAGGGCAGUUGUGUAAUAUAAUAUUUUUCUCACUUCG